CCACCACCACCACUACCACCAGUUAGUUCACGUCAGCGCUCGGGAUAGGUUGAGUCUCUCCUCUCUCUCUCUCCCUCUCUCUCUCUUUCUCUCUCGCUCAUUCACUCGCGCACUCUCACUCGCUUUAAACCCCAGACGUGUGAGGGAGUUCCCACAUUCGUACGUUAGUUUCUCAGUGUGUAUGACAGUUUGAGUGAGUGCCCGUGGAAUAUCGUACUGUUAUUGUGUUAUUGACGUACGUACAUGCCCACCCCACGCCCACUGGGAUUUAAGUACACGUGUGGGUGUGGGCAUGUGUACAAGGAUUAGUUGAUGAACUUACAUUAAUUACUCAGUCUCCAAGGAUACCUGUGCACCUGUGACGGAUGGUUCAUUUGUGAGCACCACACUUGACGAAAGAAAAGAAUAAUACGAAAGCAAGAAACGAAAAAGGAGAAGAAAAAACUCGAAGAAAGUGAUAAAGGAAGGAAGGAAGGAAGGAAGGAAGACUGACCAGAAAAAAAUAAAAUAGAACAAUACAAAAACACACACACAGUAAAAGAUGGAGAGCGAGGAGCAUUUAAACCUGCGAUGGAAUGACCACACCCUCACCUUCGUUCACCUGCUGGACCACUACAGAGUGCAGGAGCAGUACUGUGACGCGAGGCUGGCGUGCGCGGGGGGCGGCGUGUACCCGGUCCACAAGGUCGUGCUGUCUGCCUGCAGUGACUUCUUUGCCUCCAUCUUCGCCUCGGACAGCUGCCACAACCCGGUGGUAGUGCUGCAGGACGUGGCUACCGAGCACCUGGAGGCGUUACUGACAUACGUGUACCGCGGCGAGGUCCUUCUGGCGCGCUCUGACCUCCCUGCCUUUCUUAAAGUGGCCGAGAGUCUACAGGUGAAGGGUCUCGCCCCGCCGCCUCUAAUCCCACUGUCCCGUGACGCCUGGGACUCCUCCGUCGGGGUAUCAGACAACGGCAAACAUCUCAGCGUGCAUUCUCACCCCCCUCAUCACUACAAACACCUAGAUUCCUCGCAGUAUCCUCGUUCAGAUGCUCCCAGUUCCUCUCCAGUGGGAUGUGAUGGGGUGUGGGAUGGUGAAGGGGUGCGAGGGAGUGCUGCCCCCCUCCACACUCACCACAUGGCCCGAGGGAGUGGCAAGGAGAAUGGAGAGAGUGUGCGCCCCCCAAGAAAGAGGUUCUCGCCCCAUUUCGGCUGCACAGAACAGUUUGGGGGAACCUUUCGGAAUCUGGUGGCGUCCGAGGAAGGAGACAUCAAGAAGGAGCCACAAGAGGAGGAGGAGGAUGAAAACACAGACUACCUUGACACGGACUCCCUAACUAUUUGUGAAGAGGAAGGAGAGGAGGCAGAGAUGGAUGACGAGGUGAUGAAAGAAGAACAUGAUGAGCUUACUAAGGAAAGAGAAAACGAGCAGAGGAGAGGAGAAAGAGUAGCGGAGGAAGCGAAACACGAGGGUGAACAAAGGACGCAGCAAGAAGUGAUGGAGAAGGAGGAGGAGGAUGACAAGGAGGGAAGGAAAGAUGAAGGAAGACAUGAAGAUAGAAGAGAAGCAGAAGAGAAACAACAGAUUGAAGUGAAAAUAAUGCUGGAUACAAGACAACAUCCUGAAAUUAUGAACGUCAGCAGCGUCACCACUACCCCCUCCCCCUCCCUCUCUAUACACUCCCCAACACCCUCCAACCUUUCCUACUCCUCUCUCUCCCCUUCCCCAUCCCUCUCCACUCUCUCCCCUACCCCUGCCCACCACGCACGCUCCCCCACACAACCCCACUCCCUCUCCCCAACCCCGGCUCAUACUCCCCACUCCCCCAUGCCCGCCACCCCUCCCUCCAUCGCCUCACAGCUUCGUCAGGAGUUACUUAAACCGCUACAUUACCGCGUCUCCCCAAGUCCCCAUCACCCAAUCUCCCACUCGGUCAUCGCAAGCAGGGACGGGGAGGCAGGGGCAGGUGAAGUGUCAGAGAUGCCGAGAGAGCCCCCGCCACUUGUUAAAAUUUCUGCAGUGUCUCCUGUAUCCACGCAUCAGUCUCUGCUGCCGUACCAGUAUCACCAUCGCCCCCACCACCACCAUCACCACCACCACCAGCACCAGCAUCAUCAUCACCACCCUCACCUACAUUCUCGUCAGAGUGACGGGCAGGAAGACAACACCCCCAUCACCCCAAUCCCCACCGCCACCAUCUCUUCCCCACCACCAUUCACCACCACCACCACCAACAAGACCCACCACCUCCUCGUCACCACUCAGCCAACGUACAGAGCGCGCCUGCCCCCGCCACCUCCAUCUACCGCAGUCCCCCUUUCACCGUACCACUCCACACCUUGCCAGUAUAAAAACCUGCAAGUUUUGGAUACGGACGCCCCUUUGAACCUCAGCCAGGACACGCAGCAAGGGCAGAACCGUACGCAGCAGGCACACAGCACUCACCGCCACCGCGCAUCACACCAAGAGAGACAAAGAGAGGGGGAUCCAUUCUUGGGGAAGAUCUUGACUAAUAGA